CUGAAUACGAAACACCUUACUUAUUAAAAACUAAAAACCUGAAUAAACAAUACUAUUAUCAUAAUUACGUUGGUUUACAAACUGUGUCAAAGUGAUUAACUAUUAGAAAAACAACGAACAUGGUGCCCAAUAUUUUGAAGAAAUAGACUUAUUUCUCAUAGUGAUAUAAGUUCUUCUUUAACUAUUAAAUUAGUUUUAAAUAAAUCAAUAUGGUUACUAGAUUAUUACAAUAAAAUUACUUACUCUAAAUAAAAUACAAUAGGUGAAUAAAUACGUUAAAAAGUAUAAUAUUUAAAGAUUAAGUUUAAAAAAUGGCGCCGUCAAAAAAUAGUUACGUGUUCAACAAAAAGGACAACGACGACAAUAAUAUAGAAAUGAGUGGUUCUAAGAUAAGUAAACUACAAUACAGCUAUGAAGAGGCCUUGGAAAUAACUGGACAUGGGAAGUACAACUACGGUUUGCUCAUAACCUGCUUCGUGCUGAUCAUCGCCAUGGGCAUUGACAUCUUCGGGCUGGGCAUCAUCGUGACUGCCUCCACCUGUGACCUCAACCUGACCCUUAGCCAGAUUGGAAUCCUGUCGUCUAUGUCUUUUGCUGGUAUAAUAGUGAUGUCGUACCCUUGGGGUUACCUGUCUGACACGAGGGGCAGGAGACUGGUGCUGAUGUGGGCUAUGAGCGGUAGCUUCAUCAGCUCAGCCAUCAGCAGCCUGUCUCCAUCCUGGCAGGUGCUGGCAGCUCUUAGGUUUAUUAGUUCAGCAUUGUCAAGUGCAGCGGAGUCGGCUACUUACGCCCUAAUUGGAGAGUGCUGCGGCGUGAAGGUCAGAGCCAAGUACAUGCUGCUCAUCACCAGCGCACUGAUGAUUACACCUACCCUGUAUUAUAUAACCGCCUACCUCAUAAUGAAGCUGGACUUCACCUACUACCUCCUCGGCAUCGAGUACCGACCCUGGCGUCUCCUGACCCUUAUCAUGGCACUACCUCUGGGACUUAGUGCCCUCCUCCUGUGGUACUUCAGCGAGAGUCCCAAGUUCCUGGCCAAUGUGGGGAGAAAUGAGGAGGCUGUUAAGGUGCUGAAGAGGAUCUACGUGGCUAAUGGACAUGACGGGGAUGAGUUUCCUGUGAAACAAAUCUACCUCGAGGACGGUAACAAAGAGGAAGUUGGAGUGUUCUCCCUCCACUCCCUCUGGACUCAGAUAGCGCCCCUCUUCAAACCCCCUCUGCUAUGGAAGACUGCCUUGCUGUACUACCUCACCUUUGUCACUUAUAUCGCUAACAACAGCUUCGCCAUCAUCCUGCCGACGAUCUUCAACAUAUUCUUCACAUCGUACGCCACCAGUGCAGCUGAUGCCUCCUUCUGUGACUUAUUCCAUCUCAGCAAUACCACCACUAGUGAUGUGGAGAUGGAGCCUACCAGCUGCAAGAACAGCAUCGAGGACAACACAAUCUGGGCCGGCUGUGCUCAUGGCAUGUCCUUCUUCCUGCUCAAUGCUCUCAUCUCGCAGUUUGCUGGAAAGAGAAAGCCAAUGACCAUCGUUAUCCUGCUGAUAGCUGCAGCAGCAGGCGUCGGCAUCAACAACACGGGUGAAGCCAUAUCAGGGCUGGUCCUCUUCUACAUCUUCCUCACCACCGCCAUGGUCUUCGGAAUCAUCUCGUCGUACUUCGUGGAUUUGUACCCUACUUCAUACAGAGGUAUGAUCGCCUGCCUAGGCAUGAUGGUUGCCCGGCUGAGCGCGUUUGCAGGCACAAACAUACUGAGUGGCGCCAUGACCGACCACUGCUCAGUGGCGUUGUACUCCGGAGCUGGUAUCGUACUCAGUGGUGCUGUAGCUGCUUUGUUCUUGCCAUCAGACAGGUCGAUACGUUCGUGAUUAUCCUUUUACCUUUAUAUACAUUUUACUUUUGACCUUUACUUUUAUAUAAAUAUUAUAAAUAAGCGCUUAGUUAAUAAAUAUGAUUACUAUUACAAAUUCUAAAU